AUGAAAUGUAAACAAAAUAUCGAGAUGUCUGGGUCCGGUCUUGUCUGUUGAAUCCAUCAUCCGUCGAAUCAUAAUUUGGAAACACAGCAUCGUAAACAAGGAUCUUUAAUACUUUAAUAGACUCCAGUUUCACAAGGAAUUCAAGCAUCAGUGAUCAAAAAUGCCUUGGAAUAGUUAUGUAAAAAGAUCCAUAACAACUAUGGCACGUCGGGCGAGCCGUGUCGGUGGGGUUCAAUACUUACCUGGGAGAAUGUAUAGCAAUGUAGUUUUGGAACAGUUAAAAUCACGAUCACUUUUAAGAGUGCAAGGAGAAGAUGUUCAACCGUACCUGCAGGGCUUAAUUACCAACGAUAUUAACCUUUUCCAGCAAGGUUCUAGUUCCAUCUAUGCAAUGCUUCUCAAUGCAUCCGGUCGAGUCUUGUAUGAUUGCAUCAUAUAUAAAGCGACAGACAAGAAUGACGAUUUUCUUGUGGAGUGCGGUUGCGACGUAGUAGAGAAACUUGAAAAGCAUUUAAAUUUAUUCCGAGUACGAAAGAAAGUGACAAUUGCUCCAGCUGAGCUUAAUGUGUGGGUUGCAUUUAGUCCAAAAGGUCAAAGCGAUCUGAUUGAUAGUACUAUUUCAUCAAAAGACAGUACUAUGAAGGUGUACAACGAUGCUCGAUUAAAAGAUCUCGGCUGUCGAAUAGUCACAGGCAAUGCUGCAAACUUUGAAUCAUUAUGCAGUUUAUUUCCAAGUGACGCGAAUUUUGAGAAUAGCAUCACUUAUCUUGAGCACCGGUAUAGUCUUGGUGUUGGUGAGGGCGUAGUAGAUUUUCCCCCCGGUAAGUGUUUUGCAUUGGAAAGCAAUUGUGAUUUCAUGCAAGGAGUAAGCUUCAACAAGGGAUGCUACGUUGGACAAGAACUAACCGCUAGAACUCAUCACACAGGUGUUGUGAGAAAGCGGUUGUUGCCAUUGUUUUUUGAGGACACCGUAAACGAAUGUGAACUAUCACCGGAUACUGAAAUAAAAUCUAGUGAUGGGCAAACUGUUGGUAAACUCAGGGGCGUUGCAAAUCGCGUGGGACUUGGUUUACUUAGGAUUGAGAAAAUUUUAAAUAGUCAAUCUUUGGUUGUAGGCAAUAAAAUUGUUUGUAAAACCCAAAUACCACACUGGUGGCCUAAAGAAAAAUAA